CAUAAUCAAGAACUCACUCCAUGCAAAACAACAACUACUGCGGCCACAAAGGGUGCCCACUGAAUCACAUGUGCAGAAGGAUUCACCGAGCUGCAUUCGGCCAUCAAACUCCCCGCCGCAGUUCUGCCACCACGGCGGCGGAAUCACCUGUUCUCCCAACCACGAUAAGGGUCAUCAACAUCCAAUCCAAACCACCACCGCAGCCACAACAUAACGGCCACCAGAGGUCAGGGAUCGACAUCGAGGACAGGUUCAGCGAUUACAUCGGUAGCGUCAGGAAGAGGCUCAGGACGCUGUCCACCGCCGGAGACGACAAUCGUUACAACUAUGAGAAGCGCAAUUCAGGGGUUGGGAGAGACAGCAAGUUCUCUGACUAUAUCAGUCAUGUGAAGAACAAGUUCAGCCGUACCUCGACUACUUCGGCUGCUACUGCUGCUACUGCCAAGCCCAGGUCAUGGAUCAAGUGAUGGAUCGAUCGACUUGGUACUACUUGCGUUCAUUUGGAGUUGAUUCCCUUUGUCCCUCGUUCCUUUUGUGUACUAUGGUCUUGAUUUCUAUCAUCUUGUUAAUUUGUGUGCUCCAUCGAUCUCCUUACUUAACGGAUUUACCCCGGAACAAUAUCGGCUUGGUUGUUUCUUUUUUGCUUCGAUAUAUACUAUACUAGUUUAGUGCCUGCCAGUUGCCCGUGUUGUCGAUAAUUUCAAUGUAAUAUAUUUAUAUUUUUGUA